AAACUUUUGAAAACUACUCUUACAAACAUUAUAAUAUUAUUAGUGCGUAAUAGUGCGAUUAGAGACUAUAAUAACAUGUGAAAUGUGUUAAUUAAUUAUUUCAAUAAAUUAAAUCAUUGAUUGAAUAAAAAAGAACUGUUAUAAAUAUUAAGGUUAAACUAAUUAACCUUAACAAGUUUCGUAUGCUAAUUUAAUUCAGUGAAAAUGAAAAUAAUCGUUGUCCUAUUGCAUCUACUGAUCGAAUAGGAUUUAAAUGAAAUCGAUAUUCGAUCAAUUAUUACAUUAAUUUCUCGGCUAACAUAGUAAGAAAACAGAUCAAAAACCUAGAACCGUUGACCGCUUUUAAGCGUGAGCGUCGCCAGCGAUACGGAUUAAUAAUAUCGCAUUUUGGUUGCACGACACAACGACCAAGAAGUAACGGAGAAAGAGGAAGGGGAAGAAAAGAAGAAUAAAGAAGAAUAAGAAAGAAAUAGAAGGAAAAAGAAGAACGCAAAAGAGUAAUAGAAGGAAGUAGAUAGCAGUCCAAAAAGAGGAGGAGGUAUUAUAUCAACGUGAAUAAUUUGUAGUUAAUGUCGUUAAGAUUAGAACGCACGCGCGGCAUUUUCACAUUGAAGAAAAUCGUUUUGUUAGUCGAUCUACGCUAUUCCCGCCCCACCCCUUAAUUCCAGCCGCAAAUAUUGCAUUUUGGAAAAAUCAAAAAGGGAUAAGGAUAAUAAUAAAACAACUAGUCAACAAAAAUGGACUAACAUUGCUACGACGUUGGCAGCAUUACUAGCGACUACAGCGACGACAACAACGAAUAAACGAAGCUUUAACAACGACGACGACUACGACGACACGACGGCGAGGACGACGAGGACGACGAGGCAGGAAGAGGAAGAAAUACUACUGCCUGUAAUAAGUGGCCAUUCGUGUUUAAUACCUGAUCGUCGUCGUGAUUAAAGAAGAUAAACACGCGUACAUACGUACAGACGACAGACGACACAGACAUAUAUAUAUAUACGUACACAAAGGGUUAAAAUUAAAUUAAACAAAUAUAUGUUGUGGGCGUCCCCCGAAAAUACGGGGGCAUUUGAUGGCAACAGAAAUUGGGCGAAUUGCAAGCAAAUAUCAUCAAUCCUCGCCGUGCGCUAAAGUAGUGUCGUCGUUCUCAAGUCGUCCAAGUGACGCUAAUAUUCAGAAUAGAUUGCAAGUUGCUAUCGAAUUGAAAAACGAACAGCAGCAACAGCAAGAAGAAGAAGAAGAAAAAAGAGAAGAACAACAGCAGCAAUCAUCACCUCUACUACCAUCAUCGCCGCCACCGCUACAACAGCAGCAGCAGCAGCAUCAUCAUUAUUAUCACCAUAAUUAUCAUCAUCAACAGCAGCAACAGCAAAAGCAACAGCAGCAGCAGCAGCAUCGUCAUCGUCAGCAACUGAUGAGCAGCGACCCCGCGCGCGAAAAUACGCAGAUACUUGUACAACAGCAGCUUCGCAGACGGAGCUUAACCGCUGGUGCAGCGCCGGUCAAAGUAUCCGCGGAAAUAACCUCGACGGCGGUACCCGCCUCCGAGGUACCUAGCGCAGUCAAGACGACCAUCAAUAUCGGCAUCGCGAUGAACCACGUUAAUGAUCAGGAAAAUCUUAAGCAGCUCAAUCUGACGCCGGUUCAGGUUAACGAGGUCGAGGAGAUGGACACGCAAGAGGAAACACCAAAUGAUGGUGGUGGGGAUACAAAUGAGAGCCGUCCUAUUAAUGGAGAACAAGAAUUAGCGUGUAUAGUACAAGAUCAAGAAAUGGAGGAAGAUGAAGCAAGGUCGGAAGCCACGUUUCGGUACACAGUUGAAACUAUUUCAAAAAUGAAAGAAUCUCAAUUGUCACCCGCUUGUUUUGUUCGUAACUUACCAUGGAAAAUAAUGGUGAUGCCAAGAUCUAGUCCAACUCAAGAAAGACAGUCACAAAAAUCACUUGGUUUUUUUUUACAAUGUAAUGGAGAGAGUGAAUCCACUUCAUGGAGUUGUUCUGCUACGGCAGAACUUCGACUGUUAUCUUGUAAAGAAGGACAACCACCUUUUAGUAGAAAGAUACAACAUCUCUUCUAUAGUAGAGAGAAUGACUGGGGAUUUAGUCAUUUUAUGACAUGGCAAGAAGUAUUGGAUCCAGAUAAAGGUUAUAUCAAAGACGAUUCUAUAACUCUGGAGGUUCAUGUAAUAGCUGAUGCACCACACGGUGUUUGUUGGGACAGUAAAAAACAUACGGGACAUGUAGGUUUAAAAAAUCAAGGAGCUACAUGUUAUAUGAAUUCUUUACUUCAGACCUUGUACUUCACCAAUCAGCUACGUAAAGCAGUGUAUAAAAUGCCAACUGAAAGCGACGAUUCCAGCAAAAGUGUAGCAUUGGCUUUACAGAGGGUUUUUCAUGAAUUGCAAUUUUCUGACAAACCUGUUGGGACAAAAAAGUUGACUAAAAGUUUUGGAUGGGAAACGUUGGAUUCUUUUAUGCAGCACGACGUACAAGAAUUUUUACGCGUGUUGUUAGAUAAAUUAGAGAGCAAAAUGAAAGGUACGUGUGUAGAAGGUACAGUGCCAAAAUUAUUUGAAGGAAAAAUGAUGUCCUUUAUCAAAUGCAAGAAUAUAGAAUACAAGUCUACGAGAGAAGAAACUUUUUACGAUAUACAAUUGAAUAUAAAAGGAAAGAAAAACAUAUACGAAUCUUUUAGCGAUUAUGUGAGCACUGAAAGUCUUGAUGGAGAUAACAAAUAUGACGCGGGAGAGCAUGGUUUGCAAGAAGCAGAAAAAGGUGUUAUUUUCUCAUCGUUCCCACCUGUCUUACAUUUACAUUUAAUGCGAUUUCAGUAUGACCCGGUUACAGAUUGUUCAGUUAAAUUUAAUGAUAGGUUUGAAUUCUAUGAAAAAAUUAAUCUCGACAAAUACUUGCAAAAUAAAGAUCCUGCAAGAGGAAGUGCAGAUUAUACUUUGCACGCAGUUCUCGUACAUAGUGGGGACAAUCAUGGCGGUCAUUAUGUCGUAUUUAUUAAUCCUAGUGGAGAUGGGAAGUGGUGCAAAUUUGAUGAUGAUGUCGUCUCGCGGUGUACAAAACAAGAGGCCAUUGAACAUAAUUACGGUGGUCAAGACGAGGACAUGUCUAUGGCUGUGAAGCAUUGUACGAAUGCAUAUAUGCUGGUUUAUAUAAGGAACUCCGAGUUGGAAAACGUCUUGCAAGAAGUCAAAGAAGAGGAUAUACCUCAAGAGCUGGUGGAGAGACUUCAAGAGGAGAAGAGGCUGGAACAAAUACGAAGAAAGGAGAGAUCAGAAGCACCCUUAUAUAUGACAAUUAACGUUCUUCUUGAGGAUAGCUUCGAUGGUCACCAAGGAAAUGAUCUAUACGACCCGGAGCACGCAUCAUUUCGUAUAUUUCGCGUACGUAAGCAGGGAACUGUCCACGAGUUUCUUGAACUUCUAAGUGAUAGUUUGAGAUAUCCGAUAGAACAGAUUCGCGUUUGGCCGUUUAGUAUACGUACGAAUCAAACCUGCAGACCAACGUUGAUCGAGCCAGAAGCAGAUCUCCAAAAAUCAUUGUACGAUUGUGCGGAUAAUGCGAAUCCUUGGAACGUAUUUGUAGAACUCGUCCCUCCGGAUUCAGAAUUGACAGCAUUACCACCGUUUGAUAAGGACACUGAUGUUUUAUUGUUUUUUAAACUAUAUGAUCCCAAAAAUAAGAAAAUUCAUUAUUGUGGUCAUCAUUAUAUGCCUGUGGUUGCAAGAGUUCUGGAACUCAUACCAAUUUUAAAUGAAAGGGCUGGAUUUCCACCGAACACAGAACUAGCUUUAUAUGAAGAAAUAAAACCAAACUUAGUUGAAAAAAUAGAAAACUUGCUGGAUCCUUUGGAGAAAGUACUCGAGGAGUUAAUGGACGGUGAUAUUAUAGUAUUUCAGAAGGAAGGAGAUAAUAAAAAAUAUGACCUUCCAACUUGCAAAGAAUAUUUUAAGGACCUAUUUUCCAGGGUAGAAGUUACAUUUUGCGAUAAAACUAUUCCGAAUGAUCCUGGCUUUACAAUGGAGCUUUCAUUAAGAAUGUCAUACGAUCAAAUGGCUAAUGCAGUAGCGCAACGCGUAGGCACGGACCCAUAUCUUUUACAAUUCUUUAGGUGUCAAAGUUACAAGGAUUCUCCUGGAUCUGCAUUGAAAUGUAAUUUUGAGGGCAAUCUUAAAGAAUUGUUUUCAUACGGUAAACCUAAAGUAAAGAAAUUAUUUUACCAGCAGCUUAGUAUUAGAGUUAACGAACUUGAAAAUAAAAAGCAAUUCAAAUGUAUAUGGGUUGGGCCAUCUUUAAAAGAGGAAAAAGAGAUAAUACUUUACCCAAAUAAAAACGGAACUGUCGCUACCUUACUGGAAGAGGCUAAGAAACAAGUGGAAUUAUCUGAAAAUGGCUCAGGAAAAUUAAGGAUAUUAGAAAUCACCUGUAAUAAAUUGUUUCCCGGUCCUAGAGACGACGUACUUUUAGAUACCUUAAACAUAUCGGGCGCUAAAAUGUACAGGAUAGAAGAAAUACCAACUGACGAGCUCAAUCUUGCGGACGAUGAAAUGUUAGUUCCAGUUGCGCAUUUUCACAAAGACGUUUUCUCAACGUUUGGUAUACCAUUCUUCUUUAAAAUCAAACACGGUGAACCAUUUCCAAAGAUGAAGGAAAGAUUAUUGAAGAAACUUGGUGUACAAGAAAAGGAAUUCGAAAAGUUCGCGGUGGUUACGAUGGGCAAACCACAAUUCAUUACCGAAUCCCCGGAUAGUUGCAUCGACAUCGCCGAUUUUCAAACUCAUCUGAGUCAAAAUAGCGCAUCGCCACAUAGGCCUUGGCUCGGUCUGGAACACGUCAACAAAGCGCCUAAGCGCUCACGUAUCAACUACCUCGAAAAGGCCAUUAAGAUUUACAAUUAAAAUGUUCAUCGUACCAGAGAGAAGAUGAAGACGAUGAAGAAGAAAAAGAAAAAAGAAGAAAACGGAGAAGAAUAAGAUGAUUUGAGAUUAGGCAGCCACUCAUAUAAUUUAUACGAUUGUAUAGUAAGAAGGAAGACUCGAGUGUAUCUAAAAGAAAAACAAAGAAAAUACAAUCCUUUCUCCCCCUCCCCCACCUUAUUGAAAAUGUGUGAAAUGUACUAUUCGUUCAUACAGCUAGUUAUUAAUGAACGUGCGAUUUUAAUAUUGCCGUAGAAAAAGAAAAAGAAAGAAAGAAAAAGGAAAAAAGAGGUGAAAGAAAAAUUUGAGAACAAAAAGCUUUGUAUACGACGGUUAUUUCAAAACAAAAAGGAAAGAAGAAAAGAGAAAAGAAGAGAAGUGAAGAGAGACUACUGCAAACGAAAGACACGAAACGAUAUUAUACAUAUUUUCUGUGUCAUGAAGAAGAAAACACAUGAAUUAUUAUUAUAUUGAUAUAUGGAUUAUAACAAUUUAUCUUUCGAAACUCUAAAAAAAAAAAAUAAUCAUCAUCAUGAAUUUUAUGCAAUUCUUGGAUCGACGACGACGACGACGACGACGACGCAACGACGAUGACGUUGACGAUGACGACUUAAUUAUUGUACUUCCUGUGACCUGGUGUAACAACAAAAAUGAAUGGAUAUAACAACUACAUCGAGAGGACUACUCUAUUUGCAAGAUCAAUUUUUAUAUAUGUAUAUAUAUAUAACUUUGCCGCGCCUGAAACGAAUCGAUUGCUUCAACUGUAACAAAAAAAAAAAAGAAAAGAAAAAAAAAGUGUGCGCUGCUUUCAGUCUGUUAGCAAUAUCUACAACCAACGUAUGUAAUAUUUUAAUUGAGAUCAUAUGUUUGAGAAUAACAUUAAAACAUUGUUCCUCAUGGACAUAUGCGCCUUAUCAUCAUCAAACGGAUUAACGACGAAAGUAAUCGGAGUUGUGUAUUUAUAAAAUCAUGUAAUAGUAGCUUUACAAAAACAGACCGAAUUUAUUCAAUCGAUACCCGCCUCGUUAAAUCUUUGCACAUUAUAUUCUGAUAAAGAU